GUUUCCAUAACCGCUGUGAAUUUCGGAGACUUGCGAAGCAAAUAGCACCUUUUUCUUGUUCUUAUUCUCAUUGCAAGAAUCUGAAGCUGUGAAACCCUAAUCAUGAUGAUGUUGCUUGUGGUGGACCUCGUGAUUCCGUUUUAGAUUCAGUUUCCUGCCGAAAGGUGCCCAUCUGCUUUAUUUGCUUUGACGCAGUGUUCACGCAAGAACAAUUUGGUGCUGAGAACGCCAGGAUCUCAAACGCGCCCCAGCUCUCAUUCUGCGAAUUAUUUUAGCUCAGGAGUUCAUAUUUUGGAUUGAUUUCUUGUGAAUUGAAUUACAACUAGGUUUGAUAAUGGAAGGUGUUAUAGUCAGAAGAGUUAUUCCUUCCGAUAAUAGUUGUCUUUUCAAUGCAGUUGGUUAUGUGAUGGAUCAUGAUAAAAACAAGGCGCCUGAGCUGAGACAGGUUAUAGCUGCAACAGUAGCCAGUGAUCCAGAAAAGUAUUCGGAAGCCUUUCUUGGAAAAACUAACGAGGAGUACUGUGCAUGGAUUCUUAACCCAGAGAAAUGGGGAGGUGCCAUUGAGCUUGCAAUACUGGCCGACUAUUAUGGUCGUGAGAUCGCAGCGUAUGAUAUACAAACAACAAGAUGUGAUCUGUAUGGGCAGGGAAAGAACUAUACGGAAAGAGUCAUGCUAAUAUACGAUGGGCUCCACUAUGAUGCUUUAGCUAAAUCGCCCAUUGAAGAAGCUCCAGAAGAUUUCGAUGAGACAAUCUUUGCUGUGCAGCCGGACAGAAGUCUGGGCCCUGUCGAACAACAGGCUCUUAAUCUGGUUAGAGACCAGCAGAGGAAACGGAGUUUCACAGACACUGCCAACUUCACUCUGCGAUGCGGUGUCUGCCAAAUUGGUGUUGUUGGACAGAAGGAAGCAAUGGAGCAUGCUCAAGCUACCGGACAUGUGAAUUUUCAAGAAUAUAGGUAAUGGAAUCAAAUCUAUCUGAAUCACCAUAUUUCUAAAUACUUGUUUGUACUUAUACGUACAUGUUCCUAUUACUUGACGAUAUAUGUUGCUUGUGGUGUUGUCUGUUGUAACAUUUGCAAAAUUGGCCAUUUUAUUUUUUCGUUUUUUCGAUAUACAUUUGAGCAUAUUCCCAAAUAAAGCUAAGCUUACUUGGCUGAUAUGGAGUUUAGCCGGCGUGGUGUGCAAGAAAAUAGUCAUAUUGUUCGACGGGCUUACAUGUUUAAUUUGAAAAGUAUUCAUCUUGUUUCUGCUA